UUUUUUUUUUUUUUUUUUGUAAAUUUAAAAAAAUCGAAACGACUUCAAUGGUAUUAUUUUCAGUUUCACCUGUACGCUAAUUUUCCGUAGAAAUGUAUGGUCUACUGUGUGGUCCAGUGGGUAAGGUCGUCGACUUUUAUAUGUAAAGAUGUUUUCUAUUUUUAAAACGACCGGGUUCGACUCCCUCACGAACACAUUUUUUUUUUGUUCAUAUUAGGUUUUCCAUCUAGAUCUUUUUUCUUUUCUUAAUUAAAACAUGCUUCUAGUUUUUUGUUUGUUUUUUUGUUUGUUUUUUUUUUGUUUUUGUUUUUUUUGUUUUUGUUUUUUUUUUUUUUUUGUUUGUUUGUUUUUUUUUAUUAUAAAUGUUUCAUAUCAAAUCUCUGUUUAUUAUCAUGUGCCGAGUUUUAAAUAAGCUUCCAACCUGGACACUGUUUAGUUUGUGAAUAGGACUCUCAACAAACACGCUGAAUACAGCAUGCAAUACCUGUGUUUUUUAAUAGGCAAGGCUGAUAACGAGAACUCCUAUGUUUUUCUGAAUGAAAUUUGUUGACAAAGACAUGGUGCCAUUUACGAAAAACCGUUGUGAACUUUGCAAAGCUUUGGAAGAAAAACUUUAAGGUCAAACAAGACGGAACAAUUGAUUUUUCUUUGCCUUCUCUUCCUCUUUAUUCUCAUCUGCAACCUCACAGUACUGAUUCUGAUUUACAUGACGAGAAAGAAAAGAUCCCGAAUGAAUAUCUUCAUAGCAAAUUUGGCGAUAGCAGAUCUGAUGGUUGGAUUCUUCUCUGUGUUGAUGGACAUUAUUGAGAAGCUUACCAUAGAAUGGCAGGCUGGAGUUGUUAUGUGUAAAACCAUCCGCUUUAUUCAAGGUAUUGCUACCUACGGUUCCACAUAUGCUCUUGUGGCACUCAGCAUCGAUCGACUGGACAGUAUAGCAAGACCUCUGAAGUCCGUGAGUAAAGGACAAAGAGUGAAGGCGUUAAUCGUAUUACAGUGGACAUUCGCAGCCUUAUUCUCUCUCCCAAUGUUCAAAUUUGAAAUUGUUCACAAAAUCUACCAGGAAUCGAUAAAGAGCUUUUGCAUGAUAAAUUUUCCCGCGCAAUGGGCAUGGAAGCUUUAUCUAACAUUGGUGGCCAUAGCAGUAUUUAUUGUCCCCGCCAUUUUGAUUGCCAUCUGCUAUAUCGUCAUCGUGGUGAUUAUCUGGAGGAGAUCCUCGUCGAGUGUGGACAAGCAGUAUAGUGACGUCACCCAGACGGAUUGUAGGACCAAGAACCAUAAAAUCAGAAAAGAAGUGAAAUUUCAAGAUGGACUGGCAGCAUCGAAAUCUUUAAACGGUGACACAAGCAACAUGAUUGCAAAUACCUCGGGGGGAUUAAUAUCAAAAGCGAAGAUAAAAACCAUUAAAAUGACCUUUGUCAUAGUCCUAGCUUUUAUUUUCUGCUGGUCACCCUAUUUUGUAUACGACUUUUACCAACUCUAUGGACCAUUCACCAAUAGCGCACAAAUGGAAGCCGUCACCACUUUUGUCCAAAGUCUGGCGCCGUUGAACAGUGCGGCAAACCCAGUGAUUUUCCUAAUAUUCAAUUACGAAUCCUAUAUGAAGAUGGUUAGAAGCGGCCUAAGAAACCGUCCCUCCGCAUUGACGAUGUCGCAUGUUUGACAAUUGAUAGUAAUAAUGUUGAUAGGAACAGAAAUGCAUGCGACGGGAAACACAGCAAAUUCUAAAUUGAAUGUUUAAGCAAUAAUCAAAGAGCUUUAUAUUUUUGGAAUUAAUUUGUACAGUUACCUUGGGAAAUAUGUAUCUCUCCUUAUGCAGAUCAAUGAACGGCAGAUUACCAACUGAUCGUACAAACUGGAACUAUGGAACAUUAAUACCUGAGCGUGCUUAAUGAAAUCUUCUUGGCGAACUUCAGAUUUACUGAACCAGAAGAACUGACAAGGACCAUGAGCUACCGUUAACCGGGAAUAGUAGCUCCCAAUGAAUGUCUGUGAUAUUCUUAAUCAAAAGCUCAUCUAUAAAUUUACUAUUUAAACAUAGGAACUUGUGAAAAAUCUUUGAAAUCUAUCUAAGAAUAGAAAAGGCAGGGGCGACCAUUAAUUUAAGUAAGAGGUACAAUGCAUGUACAGCUAUUUGUGUUACUUUAUCAAACAUUGUUUUUCGGGGUUUUAUUUUCAGAAAACAAUACUUGAUAACCAAAGAUAAAGGAAAUAUUUACCUCUUGUCAUACCAGAAGUGAAAUCAAGUUUUACUUGCUGUACAAUGCAUUCCCAAAACGUACAUUAGAGAACAAGAUAGCCGGCAGAAGUUUGGAUUGAUCUGGUAUACAACAAUGACAGUACUGUAUAUAUGUAAAGAGGAAGUUCUUUGACACGAACAACUCGUCUAUAUAAUAUGAGAGUUUACUUUUCCAUGUACAUGUGCCUACCGGUAUAUCACCGAAAGGUGGGACCAGAAACUAAGGAGCACGACUUAUACCGGUACGUAGUGGAUCAAGUAUCAUAAACUACAUCGUUUUAGAGGGGAGAGUAUGGAGGUUGCAACCUCAGCUUUUGCUAAAAAAAUAAUUAAAGAUUAUAUUGAUGACAUGUAUUCCGAGUCAUACAUUCGGCUAUUUAUACAUUUAUGUAUAUCCGUGAAAUUACAGGUACCCAUGUUGUUGUACAUCCUAUAACGACUCAAAAAAUAUAUUAAAUUCUAGAUGU